AACACAGCCCCAUCUCGCAAAGCUGUGCUCAGCGGCUUCAGUUCUCCAGAAAUGGAAAAGUCGAAACUUGUCAAGAAUCACGACUUCAAGUGAUGUUCUAUUUCGAUCAUGCCCUGACAAAUGUAUGGCGCGACGUUCAAGCGCCGUGUCCACGUCUCUCGGAAGAUAUGUUUGUUUCACGACGAGCUAUCUCACAACUCCCAGACCUUAUCUGGUGAUAGCACCAUAUGAAGAAACUAUAUAUAUGUUUGUUGGCUUUCAUCUAGCAUCAACAUCUGCUUCUCUGCCAGCGAUAUCAAUUCUUUCCUGCUUUUCUUAAUAAUUUAUCACCUUUUUCAUACUACCCAGGCCGGUCCUCCUUCUCAAAAUGCAGUACUCUUCAACUCUUCUUUGCGUGGCUUUUGCUGCUACUUCUGUCUACUCACACGGUGUCGUCACGGAAGUCCAGGGCGCCAACAAUGUCAACAUGCCCGCUCUUUCCGUUAUUGACGGCACUCCUCGCGAUUGCCCAUCUCCACUCUGUGGAGCCGAGGCAGAUACCUCCAUCCUCGUGCCCGGUGAGGCCUCUACCAUGCCUGUGGGACGCAACUCCAAGGGUACUGUCGUUGCGGCGACCAUGAUCAACUCUUACAUGGGUGGCGCUGCAAACAACACAGCCCGCGACCUCCACGAAGCAAGCACCCUCUACCGCCGCCAACUCGGAGGUUCCACGGGCGCCACCACCGCCGGCGUCGCAACCCCAGCCGGCACAAACGAACAAGGCGUCGCCGCCGCCGCCGGCCAAGGCUCCACCUCCGGCCUCCCCACCACCGACGACAGCGGCAUCGUCUCCAUGAACAUCCACCAAGUGAACCAAGACGGCGCUGGACCCUACUCCGCCAUGGUAGACCCCACAUCCGGCGGAACGGACGCCACGGCCUUCAAAGCCGCGACCGUCACGCAGAACGUGCCGGGUAUCGGCAUCGCGGGCAUCUCGACGGCGCAGGUGAUGGAUUUCCCCGUCAAGAUGCAGAUGCCGGCCGGCAUGACAUGUUCGGGUACUGUUGGGAGCGCGACGAAUGUUUGUGUGGCGAAGAUGUCGAAUGGGCCGCCGCAGUUUUUUGGCGGGAGUAUUGCGUUUACGCAGUCGCCGGCGGCGAAGAAGAGGGCGAUUGAGUAUAAUUUGAAGAUGAGGAGGAAUGCGAAGGCUCGUCGUGGUGCUGAGUAAGGGGUUCCUUUAGGGCUGGAUUUGUUGGGUUUGGAAAGAAGGUCUCUG